CCGGCCUUCCACUCCCACUCCCUAGCCGGACACUGAGUAUCCAGAGCCUCUGCGACCCUGGUCCUCCCUCGUUGGCUACGCCCAGAACUGAGAGUGUAUGGAGUCUCGAUGACGGAAGUACCGCCGGUACGAGUUAUGCAGGUGGAGGAAGGGAUGACGACCAAAUGAGUUUCACGAGUGGGGUUAGUAUGGAGGAUCCAGACGUUAGGUUGGCAGCGGAAGCUUUGGGAAGUUUACGAGCAGAUUUGGAUUCACGACACACUCAAUCCCCAGCAACCAUUCCCCACACUCACCCCCGUCCUGGACCACGACAUGUCCAAGAAGAAGGGUUUGUUUCUAGGGUGUCGACAUACCCGGUCGUUUCUACCGCUGUCCGCGCAUACGAAGGUGGAAAGAAUAUGAGUAAUGUGUUCAAGUAUGGAGCGGAGAUGGUGGAGAGUGUUGCCAGACCCGUGGUGAGGCCGUUCGAUGAUAUUCUUUGUAGGGGUUUGGACACGUCUGAAUCUUUCGCUGAUGAGUGUGUACAGAUUGAGAGGAGGUAUUCGCAGCCGACGCAACCAAGACCGGAACUGGCACCGGCACCGGUUGCAGAGCACCGCCGUGAAAGGAAUGGCUAUGGGCAGGAGUAUCCGGAGGCACGCACGCCCACCGCUCCCACCCCGACCUCAUCGCACAAACGCAAACGCACCGACGACCCCCAAACAUCACCCCUUACCUCCACCUCCACCAACCUCGAACUUGCCACAAUCCCCCAAACCUCGACCGAACUCACAACCCGGAACUCCCCGUCCCGCUGGCAAACCGUCCUCGUCGGUGCCGGCGGCUUGGGCGCAGCGAUGUCCGAGGAAUCUCUAAAAAGCCUCCGUUACUGCCUUCAGUGGCUCCGAUACGCGAAUGACCAUCUCGCUGCCACCAUAUCCACACUCCAGAGUUUAUUGGUCUCGUUCUCGAAUGUGGGAGGUGGGACAAUGGGAAGAGGGAAUGAGGGGGCAGUCGCGCAGAGCACGGAGUUGAGUCGGAGGGUGGCGGUGAUUAAGCAGGAUAUUGUUGAGACGUUGAGGAAGGUCGUUGGUGUUGUGUCGCAUUACGCCGGUGCAUCUCUGCCAGAACCUGCGAGGGGGAGGGUUAGGGCGUAUGUGUUGUCCUUACCGGGACGCUGGGCUGCGGUGGCACAAGCACAAGACCCCGUCUCACAACCUCACGGCCAUCUCAAUGGACACCACGGGCCGAGUCCGGAGGAGAGGAGUGCAGGCCGUGUUUUGACCUUGGCGAAAGAGAGUUUGGAUUGUCUUUGGGGUGUUACGGGGAUUGUUGCUGAGGUUUUGGAGAGGGCUGAUGAGUGGUGUGAGAGGUUGGGGAGGAGUAGGGGGGAUGUUCUCACAGAAGAGUGGCAGCCGGGGAUGGGUGGGGUUAGGGGGUUGUUGAUGGAGAGGGAGGAGAGGGAUGGGGAUCAAUCGAUGGGGGAGGAGGAGGUGGAGAUGAAGAAGGAGGUGUAAGAUUAUGCGAAAGUGGAAGUUGAGGGAGGGAAGGCGUUUUUCGGCGAACAUUGGUAUCUGGUCGUCUUGCUUGUGGAGUUUUUGGCAUUGUUAGUGUCGGCGGCUGUUGUAGGGAAUUCUUUGUUCUUGGAUUGGAACGCUCAUAGCCUAUUGCCUAUUAAUUAGGAGUUUUGAGGGAGGAAUGAAGGAAGGUUUAUUCUUGGGACGUAAUUCUUGGCUAUUAUUGCUCUGGGGGAAAAUGAGGAAACAUGUCCUUUUGCUGCCAUCCUUGAGUGGUAAGGUACGAUCGAAAUCACACAUCGGACAUACCCAAACAUCUUUCGAGCAGUCAAGCGAUCACUGCGUGCUGUUCGGCAGCAUC